AUGUCGCACGGCCGCGCCCAGCCGCGUCAUCGACGGCGCAAGAGCGAUUUCUUCGGCUCGCCCGCAAAGCAGACCAGCGCAGCGCCACCGGUGGCAGUACCAGAGGCUGCCGAUGAUGAGUGGGUCCGGUGCCACGACGCGGCGACGGGCGCAAGCUACUACGCGAACCGCCGCUCCUUCGAGGUAAGCUGGACGCCACCAACGGCAGCAGUUUCGCCGCCGCCGCCGGCCGCCGCCGAGGCGUCGGUGGCCGCCCCGCCGCCGGCACGGGCGCGGCGCGGCGCCGACGCGGCCUGGAUCGGCCGCGGCGGCGCCGCGCUGGCCAAGGCUACGCACGAGGCCCCGACGCCCGUCGUCGCGCCGCCAUCGCCGCCGGCUCCCGAGCCGCCGUCACCGCCGACGCCAGAGCCGCCGCCGCCGCCGGAGCCCGACGACGAGCCGUCCUACGAGGAGUUCGUCGUCGUCGACGAGCGCACCGACAGCGGCACCGAGGAGGGCAGCGGCGCGUCCUACGAGGAGUUCGAGGAGCUGGAGGAAGUUGUGGUCGUGGCGCCGGAGCCCCGCGCCCCGCUGACGCCCGAGGCUGCGACGCCGGAGCCUGCCGCCGAGGCUCCGGCUGCGCCGGCCGAGCCGACGCCCGAGCCCUCGCCCUCGCCGCCGGAGCCCGCGCCCACAACACACGCGGCGCCGCCCGCGAGGAGGAAGACGGCGCAGGAGCUCCUCGCCGCGCUGGCGGAGGUCUCGGAGCGGCUGGCGCCAUACGCCGCGGCGUUUGCGCCCGCGCCGCGGAAGCACGCGCUCCUCGACGUGCGCGGCGCGCCGACGCGGCGCGGCCGCGCGCUCCUCGCGGCGGCGCGGCGGUGCCGUGCAUGA